CUUAACCUGACCCUUAUGGACUUGGGGAAAGACAAUGACUUUAAUCUGUUUGUUUUCUAAUCAGAUAUUCCUGCCAGCGUUUGUCUUCAUUGGGCUGGAACAAGAGGACUGCUGUGGCUGCUGCGGCCAUGACAACUGUGGCAAAAGAUGUGCGAUGCUUUCUUCUGUGCUGGCAUCUCUCAUCGGAAUUGCAGGGUCUGGCUACUGUGUCAUUGUGGCAGCUCUGGGCUUAGCGGCAGGACCACUAUGUCUUGAUUCCUCCAACCAGUGGAACUAUACCUUUCUGGACACUGAAGGACAAUACCUUCUGGAUACAUCCACAUGGUCCCAGUGCAUCGAACCCAGGCACGUUGUGGAAUGGAAUGUUUCCCUGUUUUCUAUACUCUUGGCACUAGGUGGAAUUGAAUUCAUCUUGUGUCUCAUUCAAGUAAUAAACGGAAUGCUUGGAGGCAUAUGUGGCUACUGCUGUACUCACCAUCAGCAAUAUGACUGUUAAAAUAACCACCUCAAGACAGAACCACAAUCUUCCUUCAUUUCAUUGUAAUUUAUAUAUUUUACUUGUAUUAAUUUGUAAAACUUUGUACUAGUGUAUCAUAUUUCUUUUAUGCUCCUUUUAUAAAUGUGUGUAAAGACUGGCAUCUUCAUGUGAUGUCAGUGUUUGCACUUAGCAAACAAAUAUAUAUAUAUUUUUUAAGGAAUGAGAAAAUUAACCACACUCUUGAGAUUAUUUACAGAUGGAGUGAUGGUCCUCAAUGUAUUUGAGAUAAACUCUGAAGUAAUGUUUUUAAGAAACAUUGCCAUGAUAAAUAUUACAUCCAAAUUUCUACUGUAUAUAUGUGCUUGUGUUUAUUAAAUGAAAGAUUUCUAGUAGCUUUUUUAAAAUCAUGAAGGAGAAAAUCCAACAACUUGAAAAGAUGAUUUUUUUUCAUUGUUUAUAUGGUGUUUCCCAUUGAUGUACCUGCAACUCUCUAAUAUGAAGCUUCUUUGCACUGUUUUUGCCUUCUGGGAGGGACAGCUCCUUGCCCAGAGUGGGAGGACUGACUCACAAUGCUCCAAGCCUAAUGAAUGAGUCAAAAUGUACAAAGCUGCUGGUUGCUGCAAGCACUUCAGAUCCUAAGUUUACCUAACAUGUGCAAACUUUUUUGUCCUUCAAAGACAAGCACUGAGGAUCACGUAUUUAAGAAGAGAAAGGCCUGGAUGAUUAGACAGGAAGGAUGAUGGGAAACGGAAUAAAGCACCAUGAGAAAAUGGGGGAGAAGGGAAAUGGGACAGGAGGACCACAAGGAAAUAUCCCAAACUUUCUUGUUUAAAUACAACAAAAUAAAGUAUCCACUACCA